AUCAUGAAAGGAUUAGGCUGUGGAAGAGGAUGGUGUAGGAACCAGUGGAGAAUAAAAUAACACCUAUUAUACAUUGUACCUCUGGCUCUGCUCGUAUUAAAUUUCUUCAAAAGGAGAUCAGAAAUCGUUGGAAUCUGAAGCAGGAGUUGAAGGAAGAACUUGAAUCCAUCUGGAGGACUCUUCAGCCUUUCGUGUGGACAAACAGCAGGGUCUGACACGGUUAAUGGCUGAUCGAGUGCUUGUGAUUGGCAGUGGAGGGAGAGAGCAUGCACUGGCUUGGAAGUUGGCCCAGUCUCCACAUGUAAAGCAUGUGUUUGUUGCUCCAGGGAAUGCAGGAACAGCUGAUAAUGGAAAAAUUUCAAAUUCAGCUGUAUUAGUGAGCAAUCACACGAUUGUUACCCAGUUCUGCAAAGAUCAUAACAUUGGGCUUGUGUUAGUUGGACAAGAAGCUCUUUUAGCAGCUGGGAUUGUUGAUGACUUAAAAGCAGCAGGAGUUAGGUGUUUUGGACCAUCUGCAAAAGCAGCCCAGCUGGCAUCCAACACCAGUUUUGCCAAAGCCUUUCUGGAUCGACAUGGGAUCCCAACAGCAAGAUGGAAAGCCUUCACCAAUCCUCAGGAAGCUUGUAGGUUUAUUAUCAGCACAGACUUUCCUGCACGAGUUGUACGGGCAAGGGGCCCUGCUGCUAGAAAAGAAGUGACUAUUGCAGCCAGCAAAGAAGAAGCCUGCAGAGCUGUCCAAGAGAUUAUGCAGGACAGAAUGUUUGGAGAGAUGGUUGUUAUUGAAGAACUUCUUCAAGGGGAAGAACUUUCUUGUUUGUGCUUCACGGAUGGUGUCACUGUUGCCUCAAUGCCACCAGCCCAGGCCCACAAACGAUUAUUGGAUGGUGACCAGGGCCCAAACACUGGAGGGAUGGGAGCCUAUUGCCCAGUUCCUCAGGUUCCAGAAGUUCUUCUGGAGAAAAUCAAUGCUGCUGUCCUUCAACAUGUUGUUGAUAGUAUGAGACAAGAAGGAACAGCAUAUGUAGGUGUGCUGCAAACAGGUUUAAUGCUUACUAAAGAUGGUCUGAAAAUUUUAAACUUUAAAUGUCAGUUUGGUGACCCUCAGUGCCAGGUUAUUCUUCCACUGCUUAAGAAUGAUUUUUAUGAAGUGAUUCAAGCAACAAUUGAUGGCAAACUCUGCAGCUUCAUGCCAGCCUGGUCAGAAAAUAGUACAGCUGUGUGUGUGGUCAUGGCAAGUCCAGGAUACCCAGGAGAUUGUGACAAAGGCAUGGAAGUAACAGGACUGCUGCAAGCCAAAGAGUUAGGACUGGAGGUGUUCCAUGCUGGCACAACGCUGAAGGAUGGCAGAGUGGUGACAAGUGGUGGCAGAGUCCUCUCCAUUACUGCUGUUAAAGAGGACUUGAUGAAAGCAUUGGGAGAAGCCAACAGGGGUGUAGCAGCCAUACAUUUCAAGGGUGCCACUUACAGGAAGGAUAUUGGCCAUCGGGGUAUACGACUUCUCAAACACUCUCUGGGUCUAAUAUACAAAGAGAGACGUGUGGAAGCUGUAACCAGUGAUGUUUUGUUUCAUCAGCCAGAAACAUCAGUUGUAAGUGGUACCAGAUCAGGCAGUCAUUCAGAAGUAGGAGGCUUUGCUGGUUUCUUUGACUUGAAAGCAUCUGGUUAUGAUGAUCCUAUCUUGGUAUCUCAAACUAAAGGCCUUGGACCUAAACUGCAGAUUGCACAGGUAUGUAAGAGACACGACACCAUCGGUCAGGACCUGGUCGCCAUGUGUGUCAAUGCCAUCCUGGCUCAAGGAGCGGAGCCUCUCUUCUUCCUCAGUUAUUUUGCCUGUGGCAAACUUGAUGUUGAAGUGACUGAAACAAUCAAAGAAGGAAUAGCUGAAGCUUGCAGAAAUGUAGGAUGUGCUUUCCUGGGCAGGGAGAUGGCUGAGGUGGCUGGGAUGUAUUCUUCUGGGGAGUAUGACCUGGCUGGCUUUGUGGUUGGUGCAGUGGAGCGAGGGCAGAUGCUCCUGGGGCUGCAGAGAGCUGAGGAGGAGGAUGUGCUUAUUGGACUGGCCUCUUCUGGGAUUCACGGCCGUGGCUUUAGCAUCAUAAGGAAGAUUCUUUUAAUGUCCUCCUUACACUACUCCUCACCAGCACCUGGCAGUUGUGGUGACAAGACUCUAGGAGAUAUAUUGCUGACCCCAGCAAAAAUGUACAGUCCGUCUUUGCUGCCCGUCCUUCGCUCAGGGCACGUGAAGGCUUUUGCCUUCAUUGCUGAGGAGGGUUUGCUGGGAGGCAUCUCCAGAAUCCUGCCAGAACAUGUCAGCGCUGUCCUAGAUGCUCUCAGUUGGAAGAUUCCUGAAAUCUUUUGCUGGCUUUACAAGGAGGGAAGCCUCUCUGAGGAGGAGAUGGCUCAGACAUUUAAUUGUGGAAUUGGUGCAGUCUUGGUUGUGCAGAAGGACCUGGCUCAGCAUAUUCUCAAGGAUGUACAGAGACAUGAGGAAGCUUGGCUGAUUGGGAAAGUUGUUGCUCCGUGUCACACAGGAGGUUCUCGUAUCAAAGUCAAGAAUCUUCUAGAAGCUCUGCAGCUGAGCAGCCCCCAGCACCUGCUGAAUAGCACUCUUGUCGAGAGUCAACACCAACCCAGAAAGAACAAAGUUAAAGUAGCUGUUCUCAUCUCUGGAACAGGCACAAACCUUGCUGCGCUCAUCAGUUAUGCAAAAGAGCCAGGCAGUUGUGCUCAAGUUGUGCUUGUCAUCUCCAACAAGUCUGGUGUGGAAGAACUACGAAAUGCAGCCCGGGCUGGAAUUCCCACCAGGGUGAUUGACCAUAAGUUAUAUGGGAGUCGCUCUGAAUUUGACAGCACGAUUGACCGAGUUCUUGAAGAAUUCGCUGUUGAGCUAAUAUGUCUGUCAGGAUUUAUGAGAAUUUUGUCUGGUCAUUUUCUCAGAAAAUGGAAAGGGAAAAUUUUGAAUGCUUCCCCUUCAUUUUUCCCACCAAUCAAGGAUGGAAAUGCCCAUCAGCAAGCCCUGCAAAGUGGAUUCAAAGUCACAGGCUGCACCGUGCAUUUUGUUCUGGAGGAAUCUAGUCCAAAAGCAGUGAUCCACCAGGAGCCGGUAUCUGUGAAGGCAGAUGACACCGAGGAGACACUGUCCGAAAAGGUUAAAGAAGCCGAGUGCCGGGCUUUUCCCAUCGCCCUGCAGCUGGUGGCCAGUGGAGCAGUGCAGUUAGGAGCUGAUGGUAGAACGUACUGGAAACAAGAGAGCCAAAGCCUGUGUCUUCAAGAAGAGAAGAGAGACUGUACAUCCUCUCUCCUGGCUCUGGAGCCUCAAGAAGACGAUGUGGUGUAGCCAGGUUAACGAGUGGCUUGCUCUCUGCUCAUCUUUCCCUCCUCCUCCCUGCCCUUGAUGUGCUUCUCUCUGCAGGCGUAUCAGUGUCACUGGUUUCCAUUCUGAGCUGGGAGCCUUUUCCCUCAGCUUGCAGCUUUAGUUACACGCCUUUCGCAAAAUUGGCAGUGGAAGCCAAGGUAUCAUUUCAGAUUUUGAAUUUCUUUGUUCUAUUUUUUCUUCUUCUAAAGGAGAUACUGUGUUACAGAUCAAAGAGGGGGCUCAAGCUGUAAAAAUGGUCGAGCGCUUCAGAGGGAAAUGAAUUCUUCACUUUUUGUUGACUGCAUCACAUUGCAGAGCACCAAGAGCUUCACAGAGCAGCCUCAAACACAAACCAUGGUGCUGCAGGAGGGUGACCAGCUACUGCUGGAUGGAAGAGGCCAGCCAUGUCUGAAGCGAGGCCCAGCAUGGCACGGUGUGGAUUUGGGGGUGACCAAGCAUUACAGAUGAAUACAUAGUUCUGUGGGAGGAGGUGGGACUCUGCAAGGACCUCCUCCUUGUGAGCCUCACCACCGUGGGAGCACCUCAGGGUACAGGGAGAAAAGGGACAUGCAAAACAUGUGCACCAGCCUGGGGGCCAGCGUCUAGUAAGCUGCCAAGCAGAAGCUCCAAAGGCCAACAAGGCAGGGAGCUUUUAAAAGGCAAAAAGAAAUGGAACAAAGUUCCCUUCACCGGUUAUUUGUCAAUACGAUGUAUCAGUGCAUGCUGAACAUACAUCUAGGCACUUUCCCCUGCUCCUUGAAAGGGGUUGGCACGUACACCUUCCCCAAAUUUCACAUUGAAACAUUUGGAUCUUAAAGGACGUAAAUUUGUUUAGAAACACCAGAUUUCCUUUGUCUUUGAAAUCAGCAGGAUAAGACAUCAUUAACUUAACUUGCAGCGGCAGGAAGAUCUGUUUUCUUUGUUGACUGAAUGAUUGGCUUGGUCCAGCGAGUUGCUGCUGUUAAAUACAACCCUUUUCUGUGGGAAGCUUAUUUUACAUCUGCCAGAAUAAUGACUUGCAUGCAAGUAACAUAAAUCAGAGGAAGAAAGCUAGCUAAGAAGCUACUUGAACAAAGCAGAAAAGAAGUAGCUGAACUUUCAAUUUUCUAGGGGAGGGAUCACUAAUAGCCAUUAGAUGAAGUGAAAAAAAAGUGUAAUCUUGUUUUGGUGUUACAUGUACUGUACUAGUAAGGGACAUACUGUGUCACGCUGCUUGAGAUCAAGAGUCAGCUCCAGUUAAAAAGUCUAAAGUGGUUUUUUUGUGUUUUUUUUUUCCUUUUUGAAGUGUGUAGCUUGUGGUGUUUCGGUAGUUAGGGAGAAGAGAAAAAUUCAGUUCCCUCCUGUAAGCUCUGCCGUUUAUGUACAGAGGUUUGUUUGUCUCUUGCAUUCUAACUGGAGCAAGGAACACAUAUUUUUCAUGAUCUGGGAGAAGAAAGAAGAAUUGUAACAAGGCAAGAAGUUUGGUAUAAUGUAAAUAAUAUUUAUGAUAAACACAUGGCUUAGUUUGGUUUCAGUCUGUUGUAACUGUGUAGUAACUUCAUGUUGUGUAUUACUUGAAUUGCAUAGCACGCGUGACUGAAUGUUUCAAACCUAAGGAAUAAAAUGUUAAAAGAG